AUGGAUUGCUUCAUUCUUCCAUCCCCAGCACCACUGUUUGCCCAAGCCGCCCCUGCGGAGCAUGGAGAUGAUGGGCCAGGGCCAGAUGAGCUGGUUGUGGAAGGGAGAUUGGUGCCCCAAUCUGAAACUGGCCUUGUCCCUGCUGCCCAAGCUGCCCAAACUGCUGCUGCCCAGCGCCAGCGAAUGGAUAUCGCAGAGAGCGUGAGGCAAGCUGUUGGCAGCACCUUUGGCUUGCGAAUGGAAGGUCUGCUGCUGGGCCAGGAAGAAAUUAAGCACCAUGCCGUAGCUCGCACCCAUGCCCCUGCCAUUUUCAAUGAAGUCUACGACACGUCCAAAGAUUUCUCAUGGGCAAUGUUCGGAUUUAACACCAUGGUGUUGAGUUUCUUCCCUGGUGCUGACAAGAACAAUAUGUCCAUGUCCGUCGGCUUGACCCUGCAGCCCAGCGAAGCCAACAUUGUGGAGGAAGCCCGCGAUUUGCUGAAGCUGAUUCCUCCGCACAAUAGCAUUCCAAAGAAGUUCUCUGUGUUGGCUGCCAUUGUGCGUGAGCUCCUCCAGCAGUUCUCAGGGGCCGGUCACUGCGAUGGUGGAACGCUUCUGUGCAACAUCUUCAUCUUACCCUUCUCUAUGAACGGUGCUGCCAGGGGAUACCCGCUUAUUGAGCCAGAGGAGAACCUUGCAUGGGCUGGCUGGGCGCUUCCCAUUGGCACUGGGGGCAAUUUGAUGCCGCUGCUGCUCUAUGCCAAUGACGUUCUCAGCAUGGCGAACAAGUUCCUGGACCUUGCCCAACUGCGCACCAGCGGCACCGAGCUACGCAAUUUCGACGCCAUGGCAGGGAACCUGCGCCUCAAGUCUUUGGAGGAAUCCAACAAGGACACUGUCAAUGCCUCCUUCUUUGGCGUUCAUUUUGGCCACAAGAUUGAAGAGCAAGAGUGUGGAGGUGUGAGGUAUGCCCUCAAGUCCAAGCAGUACCUCAACAAUGAAGACUAUGCCUUGGUCCACAAUCUCCAGCCUGGCAAUGCGCAAUUUUUUGACUUUGGCGAGAUGCCAGGGCCAACUACCCAAUCCAUUUGGGUGUCUGCUGAAGGAUUUUUUUAUAUCCUCAGCUUCCGGCCAGCUGACGUGCAGCAGAAGAAGUUCGACAGCCCCUGCUGGGUACUACAGGCUGAGUGCCUGAAAGGGGAUUUCGACGAUCAGCGAUGGGUCUACAGACCAGGCACCCGCGGCCCCUGCAGCAUCCUCUGGACCGGCCAGACUGAGGAGAGAGCCCUGGUUGCCAAGAAGGGCAGCAGCACCUGCGUUCUUGCAAUGCGCCUUCAGCGACAUUUGGAUGCGAAAGGCAAGCCGUUCACUGUCACCAUCGCCAAAUGCUCUGAAGCUCCCUCAGGCUUGCUCAGCGGCAUCCAGCAGCCGAACGUGCAGACCGACAAAUAUUGCCGCGUGACUUUGAAGAACACCGGUGACAUGGAGCUGGCCAAGUUUGCUCAUCAGAUGCGUCAAGUUUUUCAACCUGCAGCAGCAGGCAAAGGCAAAGGCAAAGGUUUCGAAGUUGCUCCUAGGAAAGGUGGCCAAGGAUGGCCGCAGAAUCCGCAGCCACAGCCAUUUCAGCCGCUGCUGUUUCCGCCCUUUCAGCAGUUCCCACAGUUCCAGCCUGCCCAAGCUGCCCCUGCUCCCAAGGCCAUGCCGAAUCCUUCGGCCGGUGUGUUUCCGGAGGACGAGGAGGAUGAUGAGUGGCAAGGCUGGCGCUGGCCUGCAAGUAAGGGUGCGGCUGCAGCAGGCGCAGCUUCUGUGCAACUCUCAGGGACCCAGGGAGUUUGGCUGCAAUUCUUUCGGCAUAUCUUUUCGGUGAAAGUUGGCAUAGGUCAUCGGGCGUUGCUGAAUUUCUUCAAAGCUGCAUUUGGCUGGACCCAGAGUGAGCUCACCUCAGAGGGCUUUCUUCGAGGUGCAUCCAGCGGCUUGACUCAGAUGAUUAAGAUCAUGCAUUGGGUGGUGAAAUGCAGGAGGAAGAAGAUUUUGCUGCACGCAGAAAGCAUUUCAGUUUCUGUCGAUGACAGGGCCGAUUUUCGCAUCAUACGCUACCGUUGUAGUUUCCGUUCCUUAGCGGAAUGGACGGAAGCCACAGGCGCCUCAGCAGCCCCAGCUUUGCAUUUGUCAAAAGACAGCAAUCUUGAAGACUGGGCUUCAAUGGAGCCUUUAGUUGCCAAUGGCUUGGUUGGGGUGAUCCGCAAUGGUCAGAAUGUGCCUGAAAACACCAUUGCAGAGCAUGACCGUGACAAGAGUGAGAAGAUGGCUGAAAGUGUGCUUGCUGCGUUGAAGGAUGUUUGCAUGGACAUGGAUGGAUAUGUGGAUGAAGAUGCAUAUCAACAAAUGUGCAGCAAGGUUCGCCACUAUGCUUCAGAUCAAGGUGCUUCAGCAGCCAAGUGUGGCCAGCUCUUGUCACAGCUGCCCCAGCUGCCCAAUCUAAUAUGGCUGAGCGCAGAUAUGGCGCACCAGGUUCGUAUUGCUAGCAAAGACCCCUUGCAUGCGCAAGAGCCUUUUCAACGUCAAUGGGACAGGCUUUUCUCAGCUAGACAUGCUCUGGUGCCAGACAUUCAGUAUUCUGAGGUUUGGCGCUCCCGACUAAUAGCAGCCCAGGCAGAAGUGCUGAAAUCUUGCAGAACGCAGGGAGCAGACAUCAACAAGAUCCUCCAUACCUUCUCUUUUGCCAAGCAACGAUUUGACUCCACAGCCACGCCCAUGCUGAAAUAUUGUUGCAUGAUCCGCGCAAUCGCUUUGGUCUGCGCAAUGCAAGCAGCAGACGAGCGAGGAGCUCGAGAUGUCCGAGCAAGGGCGCAGGCAGCUUUGGAGGACAUGACUCCUGCUAGCGUUUUCCGGUGUGGUUUGACGUGUGACUACACCAUGGAAUGCUUGACGUUCUUGCGAGACUGCUUCGACAUUGAUGACCCAGAUCCGGCCACGACAAAGCAGUCUGUUCUUGCUUUUUGCGCCAGGAUGAAGACGUUAUUUAUUGAUGGAUUCAUUUUGGGAGAUGCGUCGAAAGUUGCUGCUUCCCAAGCUGCCCCUGCAACACCAACUGCCCCUGCAACGCCAGGUGCCGCUGAUGUAGCUUCAAUGACUGCGACACAAAUGGUUUUUGAGCAAGUGGACUUCCCUGAGCCGAGCCUUGGCUUGAAAAUUGAAAGCUUAUCCUUAAGGAUCUACUAUGGGAACAAAAUUCAUUAUCUUUGUACAAAGGCAGGCGUGCAGGACAUACGCAACAUCAUGGCUGAGAUGAGCGAAGUCGUUUCUGCAAUGACCGAUAGAGUCACAGUGGAUUUGGCAGGCGAUGACAUUGCCCAGUGCAUGCAAAUCUUCAAUGUGCAUUCUUGGGGUGAUCGAAAGCAGCAGCGCAUGCUUGAGCCUCUUGUUCAAACUUUGAGCAAAGCGCUCAAGUUGGAUGCAAGGGUGCAACCCGACUUUGUGACAUCUGCGAAAGGUCUUCUGAAGGUAGUGCAAGCUGCUGAUGCCAACAGGCUCCAGAUUUCCAAUCGGCUGGCUUGGAGCUGGGUAUUGUGCGAAGAAUGGCGCGCCCAUCACAUGCCAAGUUUUCACCGGCUUCGGCGCCCUGCAGAUUUGGCGACGCUGAUUUCUUUUUAUUUGGCUGUGAAGGUGAACACCACCACCCUUGAGAGGAACUUGGGCCAGUUGUGCGAGCAAAUUCGAAAUCACUCCGGGCCAAUUUCUGCUGACGGCCACAUUCUUGCAGCAGUCCUUGGGGUGGCUUUGGACGGCCCCCAAAAAGAGAGUGAGUUGUAUGAAGCUGCACGUGCUGCCCACAGCUCUCAGGUUCAGCUUUUGCCCACAGAGUUCAGUAAAGCAUGUGCCAAGCUGUGGCUCUCCACCCAUGGGAGGCGUUUCCAGUAUAAGUAUUCCAAGGCUGCCAAGAAAAACAUCACGGCAGGUAAGCGCACAGGCAUACCACGCAAAGGCACUUUUGCAUUUGUGAAGCACCAACGGAAAGUAGCAUCAAAGACAUUGUGCCAAGCUGCUCAUGCUGCCCAGUCAACUUCAGCUGCUGCAUCUGGCCAAGCUGCAGUUGCGUCUUUUGUGGAUGGCUUGGAAUUACCUUUGUUGCCUGCAAAUGCCUCAAAUGCUUCCUCUGCAGCUUUGCAAGGCACCCGUUGGAGCAGUUCAGCGACUUCAUCACUUCCAAGCACCUUAAAGCAGAAGAAGCAUCCUGCACAGCUGUUUCAAGAGCACACGGCUCGAAAGCAGGCUAGGUUUUGCUGCUCCAGCUUCUCAAUCUUUACCUAUGCAUUUGCAGACUUGCAAGACUACAAGGAUUUCGAUUUGCCUCCCACCCUGCGCACAUGGCUAGAUAGUUGGGGCCAUCUUUUGCGGAAGGAUCUUGACGAAGUAUUGAAACUUGAAGCUCCAAGUUUCUUGCCAUCGUGGGAGGGGCUGCUUCCAAGCAUUCCGCACUCUGCAACCAGUAGCUCUAGCCGCCCCGGCAGCGCCUUCCCCCUCCGUGUUGGAACGGAUUGCAGCGGAGUUGAAAGCCCCGUGCAUUCUUUGCAAGCUAUGGGGGUUCCCUUCCAGCAUCUUUUCAGUUGUGAAUCUGCAUGGGCUCCCAGGCAGAUGAUUCUUGCUAACACGCCUCCAGAUGUUGCCUUGCUGGAGGAUGUCACGCGCACUGAUGAUGAAGUUCCUUCGAUUGACUUGUACAUCUCUGGCUUUUCCUGUAAGCCAUUUUCAAUGCUACAUGGUGGCACCAAGCUGCUUCAGGAGCCUGAAGCAAACAUAUUCUUUGCUGUGCUAAAUCGCAUUCAGCAGCUCCAGCCGCCCGCUUUUGUGCUAGAGAAUGUCCAGGGAAUAUCGAGAUGCAUGAGUGAGGUGCUGUCAUUGCUGCAAAAGGCUGGCUACAUUGUGGCUGUGGAGUCUUUGAACCCUGUUGACUUGGGGGAGCCAGUCAACCGACCACGGUACUACUUUGUCGGUGUCCGUGCAGAUGUUGCGCUUCUUGGUCAAGAUGAGGCUCAAGAUAUGUAUCGAAGGGUGUGGUCUAACCUGAAGCAGAAGCGGUCCAGUCAUGCCAGACGCACCAGCUGCACCAGCAGCACAGCUGGCUUGGCUCCGUUGUUCAAUCGAAUUCUACCAGGUGACCAUGACUUGGUGCUCGCUCACAAGGCCACUUGCCUUGAAAAGUGGCAGCAUGCUCAGAAGCAAGGUUUCCCUGACAAAUCCACUCGUACAAAAUGGCAGCAAGCGCAUGCAGACUGGGCCGCAGGACGUGAAUUCAAGCUGGCUGAAGGCAACCCUCAGCUGGCACAACUGACUCCUGACCGGCUCCUAUUGCAUUUGCCUCGGGAGCGUGAUGGCUGGUGGAAAUUGAUCCGCACCACAACAGAUCCUGCAAAGGUUGUAGCUGACAUCUCCCAGAGCUUGGGCAGGAUGCCUUGUCGCACUGAUGGGGCUUUGCCAACUAUCACCCCUGGAGGUCACAUUGUCCUUGCAGGAGCUGCCCGAUGUCUCAUUCCAGCUGAAAAACUGCUGUUGCACUGUUUGCCUCUUCAUCGCAUGGUGAUACCAGAAGGUGUAUCAGACAGUGACCUGGAGUGCAUGGGAGGCAACAUGAUGCAUCUACAGACAGUUGGUCUUGCCAUGCUCUUGGCUCUUUCUUUGGUUGAUUGGCAUAACCCAGCAGCCCGAGCAGCACCAGCCAAACCAGCAGCCAUUGCUGUCUCAGCAGAAGCUGCCAUGGGAGUUGCACGGAGAAAGCCAAAGGCUGCAACAAAGUGGGAGAAGAAGUUGGAAAUGCAACUUAAGGCUGCGGCACUGUUGGUCUGCUUUGCGAAGGGCUCAUGCAUAGUGCGGAGAGUAGAUUUGGCAGAAACACCACGCGGCGCAUGGAAUUUGAGCAAGUUUCAAUGGUUCAAGCCAGCGAUGAAGACCAAGAGCUUGCAGAUUCAUUUGCUUGGCGAUAUAGCUAGGCAGCUUGUCAUCUCAGUUUGA